AUGGGCUUCGCGCUCUUCUCCACGUCAGCCAUGGCCUUCGCCGCUCGCGACGCAUUGCAGGGGCUGUUGUUCGACGUUGAGUCCAACGCGGUGCUGCGAGCGGAAGUGGCCAAAAAGAACCUCUUCAGAAAAAAAGGUGCUGAGGAUCCAGCCAAGAGGCUCCGCGUUGCUGACGCCUUGACCUCCUACGUGGUUCCCGGAGCAGCCUCUUAUGAUCCCUACGGCGCUGCUGCGGCAGCCGCGUUUGCCGCUGCAGCCGUUGGCUCCGCUCCUGCUGCUGUCAUGCCACGCACUGUUGCGUCAUCGUACACGCCGUCCAAGGUUUACAAGGAUAACCCGCCCUGCAACACACUGUACAUUGGCAAUCUCAGCCCCUUUGUCAACGAAACUGAGAUCCUCAGCAUCUUCGGCACGCAACCGGGUUACGUGCAAAUGAAGCUGACGAGGCAAGGCGUCACCAACACCUGCUGCUUCGUGCAAUACUCG